CGGAAGUGAAACGAUCCAAUUCCUCAGCUAGUGCUGCUGCAGAGCUGGCUCUUUGAUCAUAGAGGAAGCUAAAAGACAGAUCGUUAGAGAACUGGACUCGUUCUACCGUAUUCUUUUACAUACAAAAAAUCACACGGUGAAAGUUACCUAGCAUAAUGUCGAAGAACACUGUAUCUGAUCGUUUCAGGAAAGUAGACGUAGAUGAAUACGACGAGAACAAAUUUGUCGACGAGGAUGAUGGAGGGGAAACGCAACUUGGUCCUGACGAGGCGGAGGUUGAUUCAUUGAUUAGACAAGGGAACCUAAUGGAAGCGUUGCAAGCCGUGUUGAAGAACCCACCAAUCAACACAAAGAACCAGAACGUCAAGGAUCGUGCUGAGGGCCUGGUACUGAAAGUUCUCAGUGCCUUUAAGAGUAGUGACAUCGAGAAGGGGGUCCAGUCUCUGGACAAAACCGGCGUGGACCUGCUGAUGAAGUACAUUUACAAAGGAUUUGAGAACCCGUCAGAGAACAGCAGUGCUGUCUUGCUGCAGUGGCAUGAAAAGGCGCUCUCUGCGGGCGGAGUGGGAUGCAUCGUCCGAGUUCUCACUGCCAGGAAGACGGUGUAGCAGAACCCAUGAAGAAGAACCGCACACACCAUGUCACACCAGGAAGAUCUGUAUGGGACAGAGUCAAGCACAGGUCAAAGUUCACACAGUGCAGCACAGGAACUCCCAACGACCUGCCACCUCUGUCCCACUGACCACACACACACACACACACACACCGAGAACAUGCAGAACUGUGUAAUCACCUCCACAUAUACUGUAAUUGAACAUGCUGUAUUGGCAUUGUUUUAAGCCUUUUCUACUUCCCUUUUACACACGGGCACACAUCCUAACACAUUUUUAUUUAGCUAAUUCACUCUACUUUUCUCAGGACAGUCUCCUAUCAUACGAUAGUCUUUACUAUUCUCAUAGUUUUGAAUUAGAACUCUGUUCUUUGUUUUGCUUUUAAACUGCAUAGAGAAUUGUUGAGGGGAAAAGUGGGAAUCUCAGAAUAUCCCGUCUGACCUUGGCAGUGGUGACUCCUGAAAAGCACAGUCACAGAUGGAGCAGGGUGGAUUUAAAAGGUGGGGGGGGGGGCUGUUACCAACAGAGGUCUAUCCUCCAUUUAUCCAUCCUUCCUGUCUAGGGAUUAUUUCCCUCAGAGCAACAUAGUCUAUGUCUCACUAACAGCUUUCUUAUAAUCCCACUCCUUAAUUCCUUUCCCAUCCACACCUAAUGGCCGUUAUCUCACUCUGUGCUAUUGCAGCCUGAAAGACCUCUCACUCUUUUCAAACGGAUGUCGCCAGAUAGUAUUAAGCUUGUCCUUUUCCCUUAUUGGCUUCAAAGACUCAGCGUCCGCCAUUUAGAUUGACUUCCCCCUCAGAGGUCGGUCGCUUUGCAACAGAUGUGACACAAAGGAAUCUCAGACAUGUUUACUUAGUCAGUUUACUUUAGAAGAAAUUCCGUUUUACCUUGGAAACGAAUCGUUGCCAGUAUCUGCAUGAUCCCCCCCCCCCCCCCAAUUAUCUCGAUGUUUUCGGAAUCACCGUCAUGCAGGUAUUGUUCUCUGUUGACGGCACACCUGAGUUGGUCUCUGCCAGCUUUUUCCGCCUCGUCAGGUGGAUUGCAUUUGUUGCCAAAAUUGUUGUGUUUUUUUCCCUGAAAGUUUGGGUGUGAGUUUUGUGAACUGAAACGGCAGUUUGUGUUUACAGGUGACAUCACUGCUUUCAUGAUUUGUGUCAACUUCUGUGGGGACACAAUCAGUCCAGCCACAAAAUAAUGGUCCAAUGUAAGACAAAGAAUUUUGAUAAAAAUGUAUACAUGCAAAUUAUGUUUUCUCUUGACACACUUUAAUCAGUAGCCACAAGUCCCGAGUCCUACAUUUAAUACAACAUUUUCAUGCUAUUUUAGAUUUUAAUCAUUUCAUUUGUGGCCAUAUAUCCAGAUAUUUGGAAACAUUUCUAAUGCAGUAAUGUUCGAUGGUCUUCUGACCAAGUGCAAAAACUCAACAAAACCUACCAAACUGGUGUAAAAACUGCCUUACUCAAUGUAUUUUUUAUGUUAGUGCUUAAUAAAGAUGUAUAUGAAAGCCA